UCUGCGCUCCUCCCCCCUGCCCUCCCUCCGCCGGGCCUGCCUCCUUCCCUCCUCUUCUCUUCUCCUCCUCUCCCCGGGAGGCAUCACUUCGUCCCGACCGGAGGAAGACGCAGCCCCUUGCGGGCGGUCAUCACACCCCAGUGCCCGGCUGCCACAGCUCACCGCACCCGUGCGCCCUCGGUCCCCGUAUCCCCCGAGUGGCGCGCUGUGGGCAUGGGGCCCUGCCUGCCAGCCCCCGAACUCUGGCUUCGUCACCUGCUGCGCUGUGCCCUGCUUCUCGGGGGUCUGCACUUGGGCCGCCCCGGCCCCCCCGGGGACACCGUCGCUCUCCCGGAGCCCAACGUCUUCCUCAUCUUCAGCUAUGGACUGGAGGGCUGCCUGGAGGCCCAGGGUGGGCAAGUCAGGGUCUCACCACACUGCAGUAACAGCCUUCCUGCCCAGCACUGGAAGUGGGUCUCCCGGAACCGGCUCUUCAACCUGGGUGCCAUGCAGUGCCUAGGCACAGGCUGGCCGGGCACCAACACCACAGCCUCCCUGGGCAUGUACGAAUGUGACCGGGAGGCAAUGAACCUUCGCUGGCACUGUCAUACACUGGGUGACCAGCUGAACCUGCUCCUGGCCGGCCGAGCCGGCAACUCCUCGAAGGCCGGCACCCCUGAGCGCGGCGACCAGACCCGCAGUGGCCCGUGGCGCAUCUAUGGCAGCGAAGAGGACCUCUGUGCUCGGCCCUACUACGAGGUCUACACCAUCCAGGGGAACUCCCACGGGAAGCCCUGCACCAUCCCCUUCAAGUACGACAACCAGUGGUUCCACAGCUGUACCAGCACGGGCCGCGAGGACGGCCACCUGUGGUGCGCCACCACCCAGGACUACGGCAAGGACGAGCGCUGGGGCUUCUGCCCCAUCAAGAGUAAUGACUGUGAGACCUUCUGGGACAAGGACCAGCUGACCGACAGCUGCUACCAGUUUAACUUCCAGUCCACACUGUCGUGGAGGGAGGCCUGGGCCAGCUGUGAGCAGCAAGGGGCAGAUCUGCUGAGCAUCACCGAGAUCCACGAGCAGACCUACAUCAAUGGGCUCCUCACUGGCUAUAGUUCCACACUGUGGAUUGGCCUUAAUGACCUGGACACCAGUGGAGGCUGGCAGUGGUCGGACAACUCGCCUCUCAAGUACCUCAACUGGGAGAGUGAUCAGCCUGACAACCCAAGUGAGGAGAACUGCGGAGUGAUCCGCACGGAGUCCUCCGGUGGCUGGCAGAACCGCGACUGCAGCAUGGCGCUGCCCUAUGUGUGCAAGAAGAAGCUCAACGCCCCAGCUGAGCCAGAGCUUCCCAAUGUGCGGGCCAACGUGAAGGUGGAGUGCGAGCCCAGCUGGCAGCCCUUCCAGGGCCACUGCUACCGCCUGCAAGCCGAGAAGCGCAGCUGGCAGGAGUCCAAGAAGGCGUGCCUGCGGGGCGGGGGCGACCUGCUCAGCAUCCACAGCAUGGACGAGCUGGAGUUCAUCACCAAGCAAAUCAAGCAAGAGGUGGAGGAGCUGUGGAUUGGCCUCAAUGAUUUGAAGCUGCAGAUGAAUUUUGAGUGGUCUGAUGGGAGCAUCGUGAGCUUCACCCACUGGCACCCCUUUGAGCCGAACAACUUCCGGGACAGCCUGGAGGACUGUGUCACCAUUUGGGGGCCGGAGGGUCGCUGGAAUGACAGUCCGUGUAACCAGUCCUUGCCGUCCAUCUGCAAGAAAGCAGGCCAGCUGAGCCAGGGGGCCACUGAGGAGGACCAUGGCUGCCGGAAGGGUUGGAAGUGGCACAGCCCGUCCUGUUACUGGCUGGGAGAGGACCAAGUGACCUACAGCGAGGCCCGGCGCCUGUGCGCAGACUACGGCUCCCAGCUGGUCACCGUCACCAACAGGUUCGAGCAGGCCUUUGUCAGCAGCCUCAUCUACAACUGGGACGGCGAGUACUUCUGGACCGCCCUGCAGGACCUCAACGGCACCGGCUCCUUCCGCUGGCUCAGUGGGGACGAGGUCACGUACACGCACUGGAACCGGGACCAGCCUGGGUAUGGCCGUGGGGGGUGCGUAGCCCUGGCCACGGGCAGCGCCAUGGGCCUGUGGGAGGUGAAGAACUGCACCACGUUCUGGGCUCGCUACAUCUGCCGGCAGAGCCUGGGCACACCUGUGACGCCUGAACUGCCCGGGCCUGACCCCACACCCAGCCUUACUGGUUCCUGUCCCCAGGGCUGGGCCUCAGACCCCAAACUGCGGCACUGUUACAAGGUGUUCAGCUCUGAGCGGCUGCAGGACAAGAAGAGCUGGGUCCAGGCCCAGGGAGCCUGUCAGGAGCUGGGGGCCCGGCUGCUGAGCCUGGCCAGCUACGAGGAGGAGCACUUUGUGGCCGACAUGCUCAACAAGAUCUUCGGUGAAUCUGAGCCCGAGAUCCACGAGCAGCACUGGUUCUGGAUGGGCCUGAACCGCCGAGACCCCAGUGCGGGCCAGAGCUGGCGCUGGAGCGACGGCCUGGGGUUCUCGUACCAUAAUUUUGACCGGAGCCGGCACGACGAUGACGACAUCCGGGGCUGCGCAGUGCUUGACCUGGCCUCCCUGCAGUGGGUGGCCUUGCAGUGUGAGACGCAGCUGGACUGGAUCUGCAAGAUCCCUCGAGGCACAGAUGUGCGGGAACCUGAUGUCAGCCCACAAGGCCGGCGGGAAUGGCUGCGUUUCCAGGAUGCCGAGUACAAGUUCUUUGAGCACCACUCCAUGUGGACUCAGGCCCAGCGCAUCUGUACGUGGUUCCGGGCUGAGCUGGCCUCUGUGCACAGCCAGGCCGAGCUGGAUUUCCUGGGACACAACCUGCAGAAGUUCUCCCGGGGCCAGGAGCAACACUGGUGGAUCGGCCUGCACACCUCAGAGAGCGAUGGGCGCUUCAGGUGGACAGAUGGUUCCAUCAUAAACUUCGUCUCCUGGGCACCUGGCAAACCUCGGCCCAUUGGCAAGGAUAAGAAGUGCGUGUACAUGACCGCCAGCCGAGAGGACUGGGGGGACCAGAGGUGCCUGACAGCCCUGCCCUAUGUCUGCAAGCGCAGCAACAACACCAGAAAGACACAGCCCCUCGACCUGCCCCCUGCAGUCCUGGGAGGCUGCCCCCCUGGCUGGAGCCAGUUCCUCAACAAGUGUUUCCGAGUCCAGGGCCAGGCCCCCCAAGACCGGGUGAAGUGGUCAGAGGCACAGUUCUCCUGUGAACAGCAGGAGGCCCAACUGGUCACCAUCGCCAACCCCUUAGAGCAAGCCUUCAUCACAGCCAGCCUGCCCAAUGUGACUUUUGACCUUUGGAUCGGCCUCCAUGCCUCGCAGAGGGACUUCCAGUGGGUGGAGCAGGAGCCUGUGCUAUUCACCAACUGGGCACCAGGGGAGCCCUCGGGCCCUAGCCCUGCUGCUAGUGGCAACAUACCGACCAGCUGUGCGGUGGUCCUGCACAGCCCCUCAACCCACUUCACUGGCCGCUGGGAUGAUCGGAGCUGCACGGAGGAGACACACGGCUUCAUCUGCCAGAAGGGCACAGACCCCUUGCUGAGCCCGUCCCCAGCAGCAUCGCCCCCCGCCCCUGGCGCUGAGCUCUCCUACCUCAACGGCACCUUCCGGCUGCUGAAGAAACCACUGAGCUGGCACGAUGCCCUCUUGCUGUGUGAGAGCCGCAACUCCAGCCUGGCACAUGUGCCCGACCCCUACACUCAGGCCUUCCUCACACUGGCCGCCCGAGGCCUGCGCACGCCACUCUGGAUCGGGCUGGCCAGUGAAGAGGCCUCCCGGCGGUACUCCUGGGUCUCGGAGGAGCCGCUGAGCUUCGUGGGCUGGCAGGACAGGGAGCCCCAGCAUAUUGGGGGCUGUGCCUACGUGGACGUGGACGGGGCCUGGCGCACAACCAGCUGUGAAACCAAGUUGCAGGGGGCUGUGUGCGGACUUAACAGUGGGCCCCCUCCUCCCCGAAGAAUAAGCUACCAUGGCAGCUGUCCCCAGGACCUGGCCGACUCCGCAUGGAUUCCCUUCCGGGAGCACUGCUACUCCUUCCACAUGGAGCUGCGGCUGGGACACAAGGAGGCGCUGCAGCGCUGCCAGCAAGUGGGGGGAACGGUCCUGUCAAUUCGGGAUGAGAUGGAGAACGUGUUCGUCUGGGAGCACCUGCAGAGCUUUGAGGGCCAGAGUCGGGGCGCCUGGCUUGGCAUGAACUUCAACCCCAAAGGGGGCACCCUGGUCUGGCAGGACAACACCGCUGUGAACUACUCCAACUGGGGGCCCCCCGGCCUGAGCCCCAGCAUGCUGAGCCACAACAGCUGCUACUGGAUCCAGAGCAGCAGCGGUCUGUGGCGUCCGGGUGCCUGCACCAACAUUACCAUGGGCGUCGUGUGCAAGCUCCCUCGAGCUGAGGAGAGACGCUUCUCCCCAUCAGCAGCGCUCCCAGAGAACCCGGCGGCCCUGGUGGUGGUGCUAAUGGCCGUGCUGCUGCUCCUGGCCCUGGUGACCGCAGCCCUGAUCCUCUACCGGAGGCGACAGAGUGUUGAGCGUGGCACCUUCGAGGGUGCGCGCUACAGCCGCAGCUCCUCCAGCCCCGGAGAGGCCACUGAGAAGAACAUUCUGGUGUCUGACAUGGAAAUGAACGAGCAGCAGGAGUAGAGCCCAGGGCAUGGGCAGGGCCCGGGCGGGAGGAGCCGGAUCGGCCGGGCCCUCCCUGUCCCGGCUGCCAGGGCAGGUGGCCUGUGGAGGGGUCCUUGGGAGCCGCUGCUGGGGCUGGGGCUGGGGCUGGGGCUGGGGCUGGGCGAGACCUGGGCUGGUAGGGUCCCUCCCUCCCUGAGGGCUGGGCAGAGACCUGGCUGAGUGCAGCAUGGUGUUUCCUUUUCUGGGGUCCUAGAGUCUAAAGUCUUGACCUGGACGUGUGCCCCCAGAGCAACCAGAGGCAAGACAAAGCCUCUUUCUGCCUCUUUCUCCCUAGACCCCCCUGCCCAGGCCUGCUGACCAAGCCCCAGGUCCCCCUUCUCACUGUGGAGCCUGAGGAGCCUCCGCAGAGCCCUCAGCCAGCCUCUGUCGCUUCCCUCCUUCCCGCCUGGCAGCCUCAGUGCUGAGUCCCGCGCCACGGCCUGCGCCCCGCUUCUCACUCAGCCCUUCCUUCUGAGCCAGGGCCUUGGGGCUUGGGGAGUCUUCUUGCUCUUAGUGGGGGUCAGCUUGAGGAGUCCAAACAUCCAUCACUCCUGUGCUUGCUAGGGUGGCCUUGGGGCAUGGCAGGGGCGGCCUGGGUCGGGCCUGAGAACCAGGGCGCCACGGUGGUGUCAGGUGGGCUGGAGACAAGACCGAGGAGUGACUGGGCUAGGCUGGGGUGUCAUCUCCUGCCGGUCGGGGGAGGGCUCUAAAAAGUCCCUAAAGAGUCCCCUGUGGGGACCAAAAUAAUUUCCUUAAUGUUUCCAGCUCCUGGCUCUGAUUUGGAGAGAGAGAAGGGGGUUGCCAGAGACCUGGGGGCCUCCGAGAAGCGGGAGCCUGGGUUAGCUCCAGGUGCGCGCCCUCUAGUGGGGUCCAGAGGAACAGCACCCAUGCUCCUGGCACGGCCCCUCGCAGGGAGCUGACUCUGCCUUCCCGAGAGGCUGCGAUCCCAGCCCCAGUGGAGUGUACGGCCAGUCCUGGCGCCUCGCAGGACAAUGUGAACAUGGACUCAAAGACAUGGUCCUUUUUUGUAGUUCUUUUUUUAAUGUGCCAUUAUUGUAAAAAAAAAAAAACCUAAAAAGAAAAGCACACAAAUAAAACACCUUUAAGAGGC